AUGUCAGCUCAUCCUUUCAAGCAAGUUGAUGUAUUUUCGAAAGGUGGAUUCAACGGAAAUCCAGUAGCAGUUGUUUUCAACGCGGACGAUUUAUCGUCAGAACAAAUGCAAAAGUUUGCUGUAUGGACGAAUCUCUCCGAGACUACAUUCGUGCUCAAACCGACUGUUCCUGAAGCUGAUUACAAACUUCGUAUCUUUACGCCAGGAAACGAAUUGCCUUUUGCAGGACAUCCUACGAUCGGUUCAUGUCAUGCUGUCAUCGAAAGCGGUAUUUGUCUACCGAAAAAUGGAAGAGUUGUACAAGAAUGUGGAGCCGGUCUCGUUCCCAUAAAUGUAACUCGAGGAGAGAAUGACGAUGUUGAAUAUGCUUUCGAAUUACCAAACGUUACAUCUUCUGAAGUUUCUGAUGAAGCAGCUAUAGGUAUAGUAAACUGUCUGUUUGAUGUCGACAAUCAAGUUCAAGAAAGGGGAAAAUGGAACCCAUUGUUGAUGGAUGCUGGUCCGAAAUGGCUUACCAUUGAACUUGAUUCUGCUAAUCAGGUUCUCGACUUGAAUCCCGACUACAGCACAAUGGCCAAGCUUUCUAAACAAUAUGGAUAUACGGGAAUUUACGUAUUUGGAAAGCAUCAUGAUAAACAUGUCGAAGCCAGAGCCUUUGCUCCAGCAAUUGGCGUCCUUGAAGAUCCUGCCUGUGGUAGUGGAGCCGCCGCAUGUGGGAUGUACGUUUCCCUCUUGAGCAACGAAAGCAAGACUCUAGGAAAUGGUUUUGAUGGAAAGCUAAGCAUCUCUCAAGGAUGUAAAGUAGGCCGCCAAGCAAAUUUAAGCGUAGUGACUUUUACGAAUUCGAAUGGUCUAUCGACAGUCAAAGUAGGUGGUUCUGCUACAACAUGCAUAGCUGGCUCUGUUUCUAUUUAA